AUGGAACUUUCGUGUGGUGGGAAGUGUCUCAAAUUCCUCGUCUUCUUCUUCAAUGCCAUUGUCUUUAUCGGUGGCGGUAUUACAGGCGGUUACGGUAUCUACCUCCUUGUUAAGUCCACAAAAACUGCCGGUACCGUUACCGUAGUCCUUCCUGCCUUUAUCACUGCUCUUGGUCUGUUACUCUUCCUCAUCGGUUUUCUGGGAUGCUUUGGGGCUUGUUAUAACAACGCCUGCAUGCUAAAGACGUUUGCAGCCAUUGUGGCCAUUCUGCUUGUCGCUGAGAUCAUCUGUGGCAUCAUCCUCCUUGUCUACCGUCAUGACUUUGUCAAACUUGUUGGCAAAGAAAUGCAAAAGGCAAUCAAAGAUCUUUCGACUCACAAGCAUAACUCAAGCGACCCAACACUGAAGUCGAUAUACAAACUCCAGGAAGAGCUUGAGUGCUGUGGAGGGGUCGGCCCAGAAGAUUGGGGUACUAACUACCCAAAAUCAUGCUGUAAAUCUGAGAACCAAAAAUGUACAUCGCCAUUCAAGCAGGGCUGUGCUCAGGCCAUGUACGACAAGAUUAAGGACUCCUCUCUGGCUUUCGGUCUCACCAUUUUGAUAAUUUGUCUCAUUCAAAUUGGCGCUGUCAUCUGCGCUUCGUGCCUAGCCAAGAAGGUCAACGAAUACGAGAAGGUUUAA